CUGAACAAGGCAACAAACGAAAGACUGGUUGAUCUGGCUUCUUCAGCCACCGCUUUUAUUAUGUUUUAUAGCUGGGUGGUGUUGCCUCCCGCCCCUCAGCUGGGCUCAAAUUCAUCUUUUCAUCUCCAGGAGGAAGGAAUCAGCUCAUCUUUAACUGCGACCAUAACUCAGCGCGAGCAGCUUUCCCAAACAGAGGCACAGUGACCGCGUUCAGAGCGCGAGGACGCCCUGCCCCUCGGGUCCUCGUCACCGAGAGCCUUCCUCGUUAUAAAAAAUGAAAAUACGUCCUCUGCAGCUGCUGUGCCCAGAUGAAAGCCCUCACUGCAACACCAACUCCUGUCUGGCAGGAUUCUGAGCCGUAAUCUGCCGCUGCCGCCGGGCCGGACAUGAGUUUAGUGCGGGUGGAGAAGCGGCAGCGGGGCGCAGCAUGAGGGAGGCGCGCCGCGCCGCGGCGGGCUGGCAGGAAACUCGCACCGACUCGGAGUGACUGCCUUUCCCAGAUUUUUCCAGGAAUCGGGAAGACAUCGUGCGGGCAUCGCAGGCCAGGGAGGGUCCGCUCAAGUUGAGAUAAGAAGGAAAAGAGUAAUGAUCAAGCUUCAAGCAGCAGCUCCUCAGCACGAGUUCCUGUCAGGAGGAAACAAGUCCCUGGGAGGCUGGAGACCCUGAGAUGACGGUCCAUCACUGCACACUGCUUUGCCUGGGCGUCCUGCUGCUGACGGCUGGCAUCAUCAUGGCUCUUUACUUUGACGGUCCCGCAGCGCCGUUAUUUAUGCUGGGGAUCUUUCUGGGCCUAGGGGGUUUGUGUCUGGUGGUUGCGGGAGUUUGCGUGGCCCUGAAGAACCUUCAGGUGACUGUCCCAGUCCCAGGUCACUUCCUUUUGCACCCCCGCACGGGAACGCGCUUCAACCCGCAGCAGGCCCUAGCCAUACAAAGGAGGUUGGAUCGAAUUCGUAGGGAGAUGUCAGCGGAUUCUGUCAUCAGGACACCGGAGCCAGAACCUCCCCUGCCAUCCACCCCCCCUCCCUGGACCAUGGAGCCCCCUCCAUCCUAUGACAUGGUGAUGAAGAGCCAGGAGAACAGUCAGCAGCUUUAACCUCUGAUGGACAUCUUAGAUUCACUUCAGUGCCUGUCAUGGGUUCGUAGUGAGACCUGCAUGGGCCCGUGGAUGAACUCACUACAGCCUGUUCCUUUUUUUGUGCCUUAUGACCAAAGCUGUGGGACAGUGCAACAAUCAGGGUCCCAUUCUGAGGAAAAUACUAAAUAAACUACAAAGCCAUUUAAUAAUAAAACACUAUUUGUUUUGUUAAGUUUUAUA